CUGCAGCUUUUGCGAGCUAGUCGAUUUGGGCCUUGCCAGGGCCUUGCGCGGGUGGUUGUGACCACUAAAGCCGCCUGGGCUGCGCCCUGCGCGCGCGCGCCGUCGAACGAGGUGCUGCAGACCACAACAAGACUUGGUCACAUUUGCUCGCAGCCAUGGAGAAUGGGACCGCGCCGGACGAAAUUCAGCAAGCCAUAGAUGAUGGCGACCGCUCCGCGGUAGAAGCCUGGCUCGACAGCGGCGGCGACCCCAACGCCAUGUUUACUGCUGGUGAUAAUGAAGCGGACUGGUCGCUACUACGACGAGCGGCGCGCCGUGGCAGAGCCAAGAUAAUAAGCCUUUUGCUGUCGCGGGGCGCUGACAUCGAUGCUACCGAUCGCGAUGGGAGGACGGCCCUGUACCAGAUGCUGAACUACUGGACGGCAUACGGAUCACUACCGGCAUUAAGGCUCCUCCUUUCGCGCGGCCCUGACGUUAAUUUGGCAUUAAAUGAAAGCUCUGGAUUUGCCGGUAGGAGCCCUCUCCAUAAUACGGCUGCGCCCGGCAACGUCGACCCCAUGCGGAUGUUGCUGCGCGCCGGCGCCGAUCCUGAGCUUCGCGACAGUUAUGGUUGUACGGCGGAAGAUCACGCUAGACGCGGCGUUAAUCGAUCAAGCAGAAGUAUGUACGUCGAACAGUGCGCCGAUCUGCUAAGAGACGUCCGCCUCGCCAGCGGCUGGGUGCGUUAUGCGCUCCGGCCACACUAUGACCUGCUCGUGUUGCGCGCCCUCUGCCAUCGUCAGCGCUCGACGUUUAGUGGCCGGACGCCGGAAGUGCUCGUGCGGCUCUUCGGCGCGCCGGACGCCGGGCGCCGCAAAUACACGAUUCGCGGCCGGGUGGAUCUCCCCGAUCCGCUGUUCUGGCGCGUCCUCGAGUUCGCGCUCGGGCCCGCGUACGACUAUCCCUGGGUCCGGGAGCGUGUCCGAGCGCGCGCGGCGGCCGUGGUUGCCGCUGAAUAA